UCUCGACAUCAUCACCUCAACUUGCAUUACUCGACUUCGGUGGCCUGGAAACGUGCGAUCCUACCUCCCUCGUCCUGGGAAUCAGCUCUACCUCCCCGCAGAUUCAACUUACCCUUCCAUUCCCUUGAAAUAAGCUCUAUCAGCCCUUAUCUCCGUCGCAACGGCCGGCCAUCAUGGGAGACUACGGGCCUGGAGUGUCGUCGCUGACGUCGCAAGCACCUGUAGACCCCCCCUUAUCUGCGUCGGAUCCAGAGGAAAUCUCUGUUCUCCUGACGGGUUUCGGUCCGUUCAAAUCGAAUCUAGUCAACGCCUCGUAUUUGAUAGCUUCAUCUCUGCCGCCGUCAUUUACUUUCUCGCCUCCCCCAUCGAAAGGUUCCGAUGCCGCCCCUCGUAGGGUCUCCAUCCAUGUCCACCCUGCUCCCGUCCCCGUUGCCUACUCGAGCGUCCGGACGCUACUCCCCGUCAUCAUCGGCGACUAUGUCAAGGCGCAUGGGGGCCGACGCCCCGACAUCAUCAUCCAUAUGGGGAUAGCAGCGAUGAGGCACUAUUACUCCGUGGAGACAAAGGCGCAUCGAGAUGCGUACCUCAUGUCCGACGUCAAAGGCAAGCCAGGCUACGAAGAUGGCGAGAGAUUAUGGAGGGAGCUUGACUUGCCACCCAUGCUCCAGCCUGGGCCCGCGGGAGACUCCGAGACAUCACUUGCGCCAUCCUCCGGGAAAAAGCACCUGAUUCCGCAUGUGCCGGAUGAUGAUUUCCUAAUAGCGUGGAAGUCCUUUUGCUCUCCGGGAAAAGAUGUCCGGAUUUCGACCGAUGCGGGCCGCUAUCUCUGCGAGUUCAUCUUCUACGCCAGCUUAGCACUGGCGUAUCAGGAGGGCCAGGAUCGAAGCGUGGUCUUCUUCCACGUUCCUGCGUCAUGUCUGGAUGAGGACAUCGAGGCUGGAAAGGAGGUUGCCAUCGCCUUGAUCAAGGCCCUGACGACGAGUUGGAGUCGGAGCAAAGCUUAGUUGCUCUGGCGCAUCAUUCUUGGGAUGAUUUUGGGACUGGCCUAUAAUUUUCCAUUUAUUAUCCCAAUCCCAUCCUUGAUUCUGCUUUUUAGUCUCUUUUGAAGCUUCGAUGAUCGUUCCAUAUAUUUGCAUUCCACGCCACCCGAUUGAAUUGGAUACCUGGUGGCGGUUGUUCUGGAUUGACUUUAUUUGCAUCAUCACUUGGUUCUGUAUAUGCAUUUUUAAUGGUGUCAGAGAUAUUCAGUGCUAUAUGCUUUCAGAAUACUGCCACUGAACACAGGCUCUGUGAACUGUCCUUGUGGUCUCAUCAGCCAAGAAGCAAUGGAUCUUCGCUUAUCUCAGCUUCCUGCACGAAUUAAUAUGGAACCCGCAUAUAGGAUCUGCAUACUCCCAUAUCUAUCAAAUUCACUCCCUAGGUACACUAGAAACAUGGUUUGAUGUGUGCGCGAGCUUUCAUGGAAACCACAAGCGGG